CUCUCAUUCACAGCGCCUCCGUUCUCGAUUCUCCAUUUUCAUCGCUCAUUACUCAUCACUCAUCACUCGUCACUUUUUUCUUCUCCCACACACUCAAAAUCUCACGCAAUGUCCACCAUUCACAACGCCUCAAGCUCCUGCUCCGCCGUCCGCGAUUAACUGCGCCUGGAGCUCCGCCGUCCGCGAUUAACUGCGACUGGAGCUCCGCCGUUAACGAUUCACUGCGCCUCAAGCUCAGUCGUCUCUCCGUCUGGAGCAUCGCCGCCUUCGUCUGGACAGCGUCGUGGCCGACCAGCCGUGUCUUCUCCGGGCUCUGUGGUUUCGCUGUCCUCUUCUCCAGCCGUCCCCUUCGUGUAUUUCAUGUUGAAAAAUUGCGAAGAAAGGAUUUUGUAUCAAAUUGCCAAUGAGAGGAAUCAUUGGAGUAAGGCUCCAAACCCCCACCAUCUCUAAUGCCACUAGGAACACUCUAGCACAUUUUUCCACCUCUUCUGGUUUUGGUGGUGGCAGCGGCAGCGGUAGUGGUCGAGGUCGUGGAGGCUCUGGUUUGGGAGGACCAUUUGGAUUCAAUGAGAGCUCUCCAGGAAAGCCCAAUUCUGGUGAUCCUAAAUCUGAAGCACCAGAGUUGCCUUCUCCCCCAUCUCCGGUUUCUGGUCGCGGACACGGUCGUGGUAGGCCAGCCCCUCCGUCAGGCAUGCCUUCUUUCUCGUCAUUCAUGUCCUACAUAAAACAGCCAUCUGCUGGUCGUGGUCGUGGUGGUCCGUUACCAUCCCAUAUCCAACAAGAUUCCCAGAAGCAGCCUGAUUCUGAGCCAAAGAAACCCGUUUUCUUCAAAAGAGAGGAAGAUGAUGAUUAUGUUGGUGCUGGUGCUUCUUCAGAUGUUUUGACACCAAAAGCACCAAUUUUUAGCAGUAGUGAUGGUGAGAGUGAUCAAAAGAACCUUCCUGGAGGCAUAGUAGGCGUGUUGUCUGGAAGUGGACGUGGGAAGCCCCAGCAGCAGCCCAAUCAAAGGACUCAAGUUUCCCAAGAGAAUAGGCAUAUCCGUGCUCAGCGAGCUCCAGGCAGUGGUGUUGGUGAUCGUCGUGCUCCUGCUGCUGCUGCUGCACCAUCUGAUUCUGUGCCUAAGAGACAGCCAAUGCAAAGUGUUGAUGAUGCAGUGAAUGUUGCACGGAGGAUUCUGUUGCAACGGGAUAAUGCAGAUGUUGCUGGAAGAGGAAGAGGUGGCUUUGGUCGAGGCAGGGGUGGAGGUCGGGGGAGAGGAGGAUUUAGAGUGAGUGACUUGGAGGAAAGGGGUGAUCGGGAUAAGGAUGAAGAGGAUUCCGCCUCAGAGAUGUUUCUUGGAGAUGAUGCAGACGGCGAGAGGUUUGCCCAGCGGGUUGGGCCUGACAUCAUGAAUCAAUUGACUGCAGGUUUUGAGGAGAUGGCUAAUAGUGUUUUCCCCUCACCAUUGGAGGAUGAGUAUUUGGAAGUAUUUGACACCAAUUGUGCUAUUGAAUUUGAGCCAGAAUAUUUGAUGGGUGAGUUUGAUCAGAACCCAGAUAUUGAUGAGAAAGAACCUAUUCCACUUCGGGAUGCACUCGAGAAGAUGAAGCCCUUCUUGAUGGCAUAUGAAGGGAUUCAAAGUCAAGAAGAGUGGGAGGAAAUAAUGGAAGAGACAAUGGCGAGAGUUCCUUUGCUGAAAAAGAUCGUCGAUCACUACAGUGGACCAGAUAGGGUAACUGCAAAGAAGCAAAAUGAAGAAUUAGAAAGAGUUGCUAGCACUCUUCCUAAAAGUGCACCAUCUUCGGUGAAGCAAUUUACUAACCGUGCUGUCAUCUCUCUACAGAGCAAUCCAGGAUGGGGGUUCCACAAGAAAUGCCAUUUCAUGGAUAAACUAGUUUGGGAGGUAUCUCAACAUUACAAAUGAUGAGUUAUAAUUUGCUCUUUUCAAUUUUAAACCUUUUACAUGAUAGAUGUCAACUUUUGAGGUGUACAAUGCUAUGCGGAUUAAUCAACUUUUGCCUUAAUUAUUGUUAGUUUAUAAGAUCUCUCAACACUUGAAAGGAAUGGAGAAUAUUAGACAACUUUGGCCGUGUUUCAUUUUAGUUCUUUCUUUUCUUUUAAAUAACUGUUACAAUUCUUGUAAUAAUAAUUCGAAUGAUAUUUAUUAUUUAUUUUGUA